AUGUUAUGGGAUUGUGUAAAUGAGAUUUCCGGUAAAAGGAAUAAAAAGGCAGAAAUAGAUAAGAUAAAAAUCGAAAGUGGGGAAGAAAUAUCCAAUAAAAAUGAUAUUGCUCAGAAGUUUUUGGAACACCUCACAAGCAUUGGUGAAAAAGCAGAGAGAGAUACCACGCACUGCUCCUAUCAAACAAGUAAAUAA